AUGGUGCGAUUGACACCGCUGCGCCUGCUGUGCACCACCGUCGUCUUGUGUUUCUUUGUCUUCAGCACAUUUGUACCUCGGGUCUUCUCCGGCGAACGUGGCUAUGAUAUCCUCCAUGAGCGGCCGCCUCCCGUGCGCGCAGAUCAGGCCCCGAGGAUACCCUUUGGCGAGGAAUGCUCCCCAUUCAGCGCCGGGGUCAUGAACGAUGUCACGAUUGUGCUCAAGAUUGGCGCUGCGGAAACGAAGACGAAGUUGCCUCUAUAUCUCAAUCGCCUGGGGCGCUGCAAGCAGGACCUGCUCAUCUUCUCUGACCGCAGAGACAACUACAACGGCUUUGAAAUUACCGACGCGCUUUCCCACCUCCGUCCCGAAUACAAAUACGGCAAUUCCGACUUCGACAUAUACGACACGAUACAGGCGGCGAAUACAACCGACGAGAAGUCGCAUGAGGGCUGGAGGCUGGACAAAUACAAGUUUCUCCCUAUGAUGGAGUGGACGUCAUAUCUGCGGCCCGAGUCCCAAUGGUAUGUCUUUGUGGAGCUGGAUACCUAUGUCAACUACGACAACCUAUAUCGCUUCCUGUCACAAUUCAACCCACAAGGGCCAUAUUAUUUCGGGUCGCCCAUUUGGCCAAAGAAGAAGCCAGUCUUUGCGCACGGAGGAACCGGUUAUGUUCUGUCGCGGGGGGCACUGGAUAGACUUAUGGCCCGCGGCAAGAUGUUUGCUGAUAACCACCACUUCCCUGGCACGCAUCUAUUUGGGGAGGACUUUAAGAAGCAGUGCUGUGGUGACGAAGUGCUCGCGCAGGUGCUGAGGAAGAGUGGUGUGUCGCUUCGAGGCUACUGGCCCAUGUUCAAUGGCGAGAAGCCCCUUACCGUACGCUUUGGAAAGGAGCACUGGUGCGAGGCGAUCAUCACCAUGCACCACCUUGGCGACGAAGACUUCACUGGUUUGACACAGUGGGAGAAGGCCCGGUCGCAUCCAAACAGGCCUUUGGUGUUCGAGGAGCUCUUCACCAUGAUCGGGUCACAUCUGCAGGAAAGGGUUGAUGAUUGGUCAAACAUGUCAGAAGACGUAGUAUUCAGCAAGGGAAACAUUGCCUCCAAAUCGUUCGAUCAGUGCUACGGCGCUUGCUUGAAAGACAGCAAUUGCCUACAGUACGAGUAUGCUGGAGACGAAUGCAGGCUGGGGCAUGCUGUACGACUCGGCCAACACCAAUCGCCGAAUGGCAACCGAAAAUGGACGUCAGGCUGGAUGCAAGAUCGGAUAAAGGCCUUCGUCAGUGCCAAUUCGCCCUGCCAAGGUGCACACUCCGUUCAUCCGAACCCUUGA